AUGGCAUCCUCCACUCACGCCACCGAACUGAAGCUGGAGUGUGCCACACUUGCCGACUGGUCUAUUGACAACCAGGAUCCUCCAUGCGAAGAUGUUUUCCUUGAAGGUGGGCUUCAUGCAUGGUUCACUGUGGCCGGUAUAGCUGCCUGCCUCUUCGUGUCCUUCGCCUGGGUCAACUGUGUAGGCAUAUUUAGGCCUCGGUAUGGUGUUUUCCAACAUCUGGAACUGCGCAUCGCACCUUAA